AUGUCUCUGACCACCACAGACGGCCACCAUGUUGGAUCGGUGAAGUCUUUCGUCAAUGGGUAUGGAUGCCCUGUGAUAUUGGAGAGAUGGAAGCUUGGGUCCCAUCUUGCUGACUGCCCUGCAAGUGUUGUCGUCUGCCCAGUGGAAUGGAACCGAUGGAAGUUGACUGUUACUCAGCGUCCUAUGCCCCAGUUCAGCAGUCAGGUCAACUAUGAUCAACUUGAUGUGGCCUUGGCAUUGCGGGAUCAACGCUCAUUGAAUAAGGCUCUCAAGCUUCCAAGGCGAGUCCUGAGAGCAUUGAGGAGCCCUUUGACAUGUCGAUAUCCUGCAAGUCCACUCAUUCUCUCCUCAAUAGAGGAUCUUGAUGAUGAAGCUGACAGCUCCUUGUCUCAGCACACCAUCACAGAAGAUGAUGAAUUUGCUCCUUGUCAGAUUCAAAAGUCACCUCCUGGGCUUCAAAGCAGUGUUUGCAACAGACUGGCAUUUCAUGACAAGGAAUCCUCUCCAAAUGAUGCUCCAAGUUUGGAGCCUUCUCCAAGAGAUGAAGUCCAUUGGGAGAAGAAUCUUUCUCAUAUUCCUCCCUUGGCACCUCCAUUACCAUCUGGAGAGAAGCUAACAGUAGACCUGAUAAUUGAGAAUCGUAGCAAGGAUAGUGUGAAAUCCAAGUCCAUGUAUACGUUCCUUUGUGCCCAGGAAGUUCGACGCUCAGACUUCCCCUGGCAUUACAAGAAUGUGCAUGCUGAUAUUCAGGCAAAUCUGAAUGGGUGGUUGGAAACACGUUGCCCCAUGUGGCAAUAUGGAUGUCGCUUCUGUCUUCGUCGGUUCCAUCCUCAUGAUCCCAGAUGGGAGUUGCAUUAUGAUGACUUGCAAGAGAGUUUUGCUGUUGCAGUUCGAAGGGAGACUGUAGCUGGAGAAAAAAAUUUGGAACCAGUCCAGGGUUUAAACAUUCUCAUGCUGCCUUUUGAAAUGCUGGUUCACAUUUGCUCAUUUCUGGAUGGCAUCAGCUUGAACAAUAUGGCUCUGACAUGUCGGGAUAUGCGGGAGGUGUGUCGUUCGCUGCUUGAGGAGAAGGGCAUUGUCUCACUUGUUUGGCAGAGGAUCAGGAGCCCUGAACGCCCUGCUACAUGGGAAGUUGCCUACAAGGUGAUGUGA